UGUGUCGACGGAGGUGAGAGUAACAUGGACCCAACAAGAACAGCUCAUCCAUGUCACUCCCAGCAGACAAGGUACAGAUAUGACCCGAGCCUGAAGCAUCAGUGAGAUGGAUAUCCCAAACCCAGAGAGUAUGGAGACUCUGAACUCAUCCACCAGUACCAACACCAGCAGUGGUGAUAACGCCAGCCUCUUCUCUGGAAGUCCCUACACGACUGUUGAGAUCGUACUCAUCAUCCUGGUGGCUGGAUCUCUGAGUCUGAUCACUGUAAUUGGAAACAUCCUGGUCAUGCUCUCUAUAAAGGUAAAUAGGAACCUGCAGACUGUCAACAACUACUUCCUGUUCAGCUUGGCCUGUGCAGACCUCAUUAUUGGCAUCUGCUCCAUGAACCUCUACACGGUCUAUAUUGUGAUUGGCUACUGGCCCCUGGGAGCCGUCGUGUGUGACCUGUGGUUGGCUGUUGAUUAUGUCGUCAGCAACGCCUCAGUCAUGAACCUUCUCAUCAUUAGUUUUGACCGUUACUUCUGUGUCACCAAACCGCUCAGCUACCCAGUGCGCCGCAGCACCAAGAUGGCGGGCCUGAUGAUCGCCGCGGCCUGGGUCUUGUCCUUCAUCCUGUGGGCUCCUGCCAUUUUGUUCUGGCAGUUCAUCGUGGGGGGGAGGACUGUGCCGCCAGGUGAGUGCUACAUCCAGUUCUUCUCGAACCCAGCGGUGACAUUUGGGACAGCCAUAGCAGCUUUUUACCUACCGGUGGCCAUCAUGAUCCACCUCUACUGGCGCAUCUCCAAGGCCAGCCGCAGCCGCAUGAGGAGGGACAGCAGGAAGACUUCAGGUACCAGUCUGGGAGAAGGCCCCUAUCACAGCCAGGAGGACGGAUGUGAGAGCCAGAACAACUGCAUCCCAACAAGAGAAACUCAGGAGGUGGCUGGAGAUGGGAAGGAGAAGGUGAAGGAGCAGCAGCAGAACGGAAGCGGACCCUGCAAGGAAGAAGGAACCGAUCAGGAGGACUCCAUGGCAGACAGCAUCCACGCGUCCACAUCUAAAGAGAGUGCGGUCCCUGCUUUGUCACAGAAAGGCUCAGACGGUGGGAAAAAGACAAAUCAAACGCAGCCGCCUUCCCCGCAGAACUCUGCUGCUGACAGACAAAGUUUGGUCACGAAGACACUGUUUAAGGUAACAAAGCAGAGCGCUGUAGCAAAGUGGAAAAAGAAGGGCAUUUCUUCCAGAGAGAAAAAGGUGACACGCACCAUCAUGGCCAUCCUGGUUGCUUUUGUCGCCACGUGGACACCGUACAACGUGAUGGUCCUGAUCAACACCUUCUGUUCCAUCUGCAUCCCAAACUCCCUCUGGACCAUCGGCUACUGGCUCUGCUACAUCAACAGCACCAUCAACCCAGCCUGCUAUGCCCUCUGCAACACCACCUUCAAAAACACCUUCAAGCACCUGCUUCUCUGCCAGUACAAGAACAUACGCACGGCCCGAUGAGGGCGACGGAUACCGACUCACGUUCGAGAUGGAGUCAGAUUAAUGUGAUAAAUCUCAUAAACUGAGAUGACACAAAUAUCGGAGUGAAAGUAUUAUUAAAAUAUCAAUUAGGUGUUCAUAUUGUUUUCAAUGGUAGAAAAUAUUCUCACUGCCAUUGAAAAUGAAACUGUUGUGGUAAAAUUACAAACUGUACAUUUAAAAUUCUAUCACACACUUAACUUUUAAUGAUUUUUAAAAAAUACAUGCUUUGCAUAAUUAUUCUCAAGACAAUGUAUUGUAGUGGGAAUGCAGCUUAUUGUGCAAAAGGUACAUGUGACUGGGUGUCAGCUGGGGUUUUACUUUGACAGGAUGCUUUCCUCUUUGCUCCUCCUACAUGAGCUUGUGCAGUAUGUCCUUUGAUAUGCAACCUGUUUUUACCCCAGUUGUGAUGGUUUUGUGACCAAAACAGUGAUUUUAACUCUAGAAUAAAUGUAUAGUCUAGUCUAAGGAAGAAGAUAAAAUACGAUAGAAAAAGACACUGUGUUAAUAACAUGUCAUUGCAUCAAGUGUAAUGGCUGACAAAAGCUGUGAAUCAGGUCAAAUCAGCCAUAUUGGAACUUCUUCUCUUCAAACUGUUUUAAGAAAAGAGAGAAUAAAAGAAUAAAAGAGUGUUAGCUGCUGUAAAGUGACCUAUUGUGUGUGUGUGUGUUUGUGUGUGUGUGUGUGUGUGUGUGUGUGUGUGUGUGUGUGCAUGUUUCCAUUCCAGUUAGAUCUGCUCAUAUUAAGCGAUUGACAUCCGUAAUUGUUGUGAA